AUGAGCUCCUUGAAGCAGUUCAUCCGCAAUGUCCGCGCUUCCAAGACCAUCGCCGACGAGCGCGCGGUGGUGCAGAAGGAGAGCGCGGCCAUUCGAGCCAGCUUUCGUGAGGAGACGCACAACUCCGACUUAAGGCGGAAUAACGUCGCCAAACUACUGUACCUCUUCACCCUCGGCGAGCGAACACACUUCGGACAGAUAGAAUGCCUCAAACUGCUGGCUUCACCGCGGUUUGCGGACAAGAGAUUGGGAUAUCUGGGCACGAUGCUGUUGUUGGACGAGAAUCAGGAGGUUCUGACGCUGGUGACGAACUCGUUGAAGAACGACCUCAACCACAACAACCAAUACGUCGUCGGACUCGCCCUCUGCACCCUUGGAAACAUCGCCAGCAUCGAGAUGGCGCGAGAUCUUUUCCCUGAAGUCGAAACCAUAGUAGCCUCCAGCAACCCAUACAUCCGACGAAAAGCCGCCCUCUGCGCCAUGCGGAUAUGUCGCAAGGUGCCUGACCUGCAAGAGCACUUCUUCGACAAAGCGAAGGCGCUACUGAACGAUCGGAAUCAUGGCGUGCUGCUCAGUGGUUUGACACUAGUAAUCAGCAUGUGCGAAGCGGACGAAGAGGAGGGCGGCGAGCAGGGCGUGGUUGACAUGUUCAAGCCGCUGACUGGGAGUCUGGUCAAAGUCUUGAAAGGUUUGAGUCAGAGCGGCUAUGCGCCCGAGCACGACGUUACCGGCAUAUCGGAUCCUUUUGUGCAGGUCAAGAUUCUGCAUCUACUCCGAGUGCUUGGUCGCGGAGACACGCAGAUAUCUGAGCAGAUCAACGACAUCCUCGCUCAAGUCGCGACCAACACCGAUUCCUCGAAGAACGUGGGUAACGCCAUUCUUUACGAAGCCGUGCUCACCAUCCUCGAUAUUGAAGCUGAUUCUGGCCUGCGAGUGCUUGGCGUGAACAUUCUUGGAAAGUUCUUAACCAACAAGGACAACAACAUCCGCUACGUGGCUCUGAACACUCUCAUCAAAGUUGUCGCCAUUGAGCCAAACGCGGUGCAGCGCCACCGAAAUACCAUUUUGGACUGCUUACGAGACCCAGAUAUCAGCAUUCGGAGACGAGCAUUGGAUCUGAGCUUCACUCUCAUCAACGACCAGAAUGUACGGACGCUGGUGCGGGAACUGCUGGCUUUCCUUGAAGUCGCCGAUGCCGAGUUCAAGCCUAUCAUGACAUCGCAAAUUGGCAUUGCGGCAGAUCGCUUCGCCCCGAACAAGCGGUGGCAUGUUGAUACUAUGCUACGAGUGCUGAAGCUGGCUGGCAACUUCGUCAAGGAACAGAUUCUAAGCUCUUUCGUGCGCCUCAUCGCCACCACGCCAGAUCUGCAGACCUACUGCGCACAGAAGCUGUAUGUAGCACUGCGGGAAGACAUCAGUCAGGAAGGGCUGAACUUGGCUGGUGCUUGGGUCAUCGGCGAGUACGGCGACGCGCUCAUCAGAGGCGGCAGCUAUGAGGAAGAAGAACUAGCUCAGCCGGUGCAUGAGUCCGAGAUCGUCGACCUCUUCUCCACCAUCCUGAACUCGAGUUACGCUGGUCAGAGCGUGACGGAGUACAUCAUCACCUCUGCCAUGAAGCUCACCACCCGCCUCCAGGAUCCGGCGCAGGUGGAGCGGCUGCGGCGGAUCUUGAUGAACAAACAGACAGAUUUGGACGUGGAGGUGCAGCAACGAAGUGUCGAGUACGGCAAUCUCUUCGGCUACGAUCAAGUGCGAAGAGGUGUCUUGGAGCGCAUGCCAGCGCCUGAGAUCCGGGAGGAGCAGAGAGUGCUUGGUGAGAGCAACACGGGCAAGAACAAGCGAAAGUCGAAUGCGCCAGCAGCGAGGAAGCGACCGACGCAGAUUACGGAGCAGGACAUGCUGCUUGAUCUCAUGGGCGGCGAUGCGCCAACGUCAGACGGCAUGGGCGUCAACGGAGGUCAGCAAGGCGGCAACAACGCCGACUUACUGGCCGACAUUCUUGGCGGCGGAAACGAGAUGACCAGCCCAACAGCCACCAGUCCCAUCUCCAACGGCGCACCCGCCAAGAGCAACACAGCAAGCAUAAUGGACCUAUUCGACUCUGGUCCCUCCCCACAACCACCUCAGCAGCAACAGCAACAAUCCCGCUCCGCAUCCAACGACCUCUUCGGCACCACGUCCCCACCACCCCAACAACAACAACAGCCGCAGGCCCAAGCCCACGUGGCCUACAACAAAAACGACCUCCUCAUCACCUUUGCCCUCUCUCGCACCCCGCAGGCUGUAUCAGUACAAGCGCGUUUCCGGAACAACUCGAUGUUUGAGAGCUUCGGACAGCUGAACCUGCAGGCCGCGGUGCCGAAGACGCAGAAGUUGCAGCUGCAGGCUUUGGAUAAAGGGGAGUUGGGUCCGGGAGAGGAAGCGGGGCAGGGCAUGAGGGUUGGGGGGGUCAAUGGGCCACCACCGCCGAGACUGAGGCUGAGGUUGCGCAUUAGUUAUGCGAAGGGAGGGGGUGGGGUGGUGACGGAGCAGGUUGAUUGGUCGGAGCCUGCUUGA